CAAUUGCUUAAUCAUUUUUUUCUUGAUUUUGUUCCCUAUUCUCUAUAGACUGUUGACAUCAGUCAGUCUUUUGAUGCUUGUGAGCCCUGGGUGAGUAUUUGCUUUUCAGGUAUGAAGCAGGAGCUGCUGAGAGACAUCCGGAAGGAGAUGAGGAUAGCAGCAGGGGCGCAAAAGCUGUACCUUGUCACCAAGGACAGACAGACCAAAGCCCAAGUGAAGGAGCUGAGGAACAUCAGUGAGAGGAAGGUGAAAGCCCUUUUCUCCUCUCUCCACAAGCUCAAUGAGCAGCUAGCUCAGAGGGAAGCAGAGAAUUCUCCAGAUGCAGUUCUGGAGACUACAAGGGACACCGAUGUCAACUUCCCUGCACCAGAGAUCACUGAACCUGAGGUUCAGGUCAUUUCAGACCCCGCCAUCGAUUCAUCACAACAUCAACAUGAAGAAUCAUCUGAGGAACCUGUUCCAGAGACAGAACAGCUGCCUGAAGAACCAUCUGACAGGGACUUACCUGUAGAAGAUACAAAUGAGGAAGCUGGGGAAGAGGCAGAAUCUGUUGUUGAAGAAGAUCCAGUGCAACAACAACAACAGAAUGAGGAAGAAAGGUAA